GUAGUGCAGUCAGUCGCUGUGCCGUGCCUCGAGCCAGCGCUGAGUGGAGCCUGUCUGCCAACAGCUUCAGCAGCGGCUCUAUCUGGAAACCCACUACAUUCACUGACAAUUAAAAGGAGGCCCCUUUUUCUUUCUUAUUUCCGAGGAAUAUUCACCACCAUGGGCGACAAGAAGAGCCCUACCAGGCCAAAAAGACAAGCCAAACAGGCUGCAGAUGACGGCUACUGGGACUGUAGCGUGUGCACCUUCAGGAACACCGCCGAGGCUUUCAAAUGCAGCAUCUGCGAUGUGAGGAAGGGCACAUCCACAAGGAAACCCAGGAUCAACUCCCAGCUGGUUGCCCAGCAGGUGGCUCAGCAGUACCCCAUGCCUCCCCCGCCCAAGAAGGAUCGAAGGGAGAGGAGCGAGCGCUCAGACAAGGAGCGCCCCGACGGUGAAGGAGAGCGCGCAUUUGGAGAGGUCCGUCCAGAAGUGGAGCUCCCGGAGAUCAGGAGGCCAGAGGAAGAUGCUCCGGAGAAGGAGAAGGAAAAGAGCGACACCGAACAACAGCCAAUCAAAGACAAGCCCGACAGAGAGAGGGAAAUCAUCCCGGCCGUCACGAAGAAGCCCAGCAGCAAAAAGACCAGACCCAAAUCAGACAACCACCAGAGCCCCCCCAGUGAAAAACACAGCAUACAGUCUGGCAAAUCAGUGACCAAGACCAACAAGAACUCUCACAUCUCCAGGCCCAAACUGAAGAACAUCGACCGGAGCACCGCGCAGCAGCUGGCCAUCACCGUGGGCAACGUGACGGUGAUCAUAACAGACUUUAAGGAGAAGACCCGCUCGUCCUCCACGUCCUCGUCCACCAUCACGUCCAGCGCGGGCUCCGAACAGCAGCACCAGAGCUCCGGCUCCGAGAGCAUGGACAAGGGCUCGUCGCGGGCCUCCACGCCCAAAGGAGAGCUCUCUGUGGGGCACGACGAGUCGUUCUGAGAGCCCCCUCCCCUCCCCCCGUCUCCCGUCCUAACCCCCUGAUCCAAACCCCCACAUUUCUCCCACAUUUCUGGACACUAUGGAUGGAGAGAUUUUCCCCUUUCCCCCCCCCCCCCCCAUCGCUGCCCACGCCUGCAUUUACAUCACCAAUCCCCGGAUGCUAAGAGGACGGAUGAGAGGGAACUAAACGUUCUUCUGGGGGAGAACUACAAGGAAUAGCCCCCUACCCCGCCCCCCUCCUAUCUCUCCCAAACUCCCCUUCGCGGUAGCAUCGAGACACUUGUUUUGUUUUAUAUUUGUACGUGGAUGUGAGGCCAUGGUUUCUUUUUUUGUUUUUGUAAAGAAGAAAAUCUCCUGCUGGGCACAACCUCCCCCCUCCCCCACACCACCCUCCACCCUCAUUUCAAUAACUAUUAUUAACCCCCCCCCCCCCUUACUCCCUAUUGCACCUGUAUACUUUCUUCCUCUCUCUUAUGUUGAAGCUUUGCCGUGUAGCCCUGACGAUCGAUCAUUCCUUCAGUGUUUUUAUGAAGAUGAUAUGACAACACACACACACAGGUGUGCACACACACACACACACACACACACACACACACACACUGGUGCUAGAUACACUGUGAAGCGGUUUUGCAGAUCUGGAAACGCCCUUUCACUCAAUGUGACGGAUGAAUCAGACUCUUCUCUCAAUAACACUGUCUCACUCCGACCUCCGUCUGCGUGUCCCAAGGUCACCCGAGGUUUCAGACUUUUUCAGACUAGACUGUCUCUGAUUUAGUAUGCUCUAGCAGAUCUCUUAUACAGUAUCUUAUGUCCUUACCUGUACAGUGUAGGCUGUUGUGUAAAACACUAAAAAGCUGUUGCUCUUUUCCCCCUCAUUCCGUUCAUGGAUAUUGGGUUUUUCUCCCGGUUCGAAGUUAGAGAUGUUUCAUUCUGUUGUGACUGAAUGAUGGCUUCACGCGGCUCCUCUUGGUUGAACCACAUCGAACUAGCUGUUAAACUUUUGUUUUCGUUGUGGUCCUCCGCCUCUCUCACAACCCUAGAAAAACAUGUGCAGAAGAUUUGACAAUUCUUAUUUUUUUUCGUUGUUUUAAUUUAAAUUAAUUUAAGACUCCUGUCAUUGAAGGCAAAAAAAUAUCGCAGUAGUUUGUAAAACACAAAUGCUCUUUCAAUUUUCGUUUUUUUUAAGUACAGCAAGGCUUAUUUAUGGGUUUUAAAUUCACCUAUAGCUGAGACUUAGACCAACAUCAUUUCCUUUUUAAAGUGUAUUAAAUUGUAUAAAGAAUAAAUGUGUAUAUGAUAUCCUAGUUUUAUUUAUUGAAGGACCAAAGGAAUUUCAUAAUGACAUGAUACAUAGACAGAUAAAUAACAAUUUGAAAUGCAAUUAUCUAAUGUGUGAGAUGAAUAACAGUUCAAAUAAAGACUAAUAUAAUCCAUGUAAAUGGUGUUCUUAUUGAGUCCAAAAACACUAGCGGCUCCACACCCAGCAGGUGCAUGUUGCCCUAAUGUGUGAAGCAAGACUGGGUGUGUGUGUGAAGAGAACCGGGUCCAAUCCUAUGACCUUGGUAACCCCCCCUCUCUUUACUAAAUCCAGGUGAGGUGAGGUUAACAAGUCCCCAAAAACUCUUAAUAUCCUCCUGGGAUGUGAGGGGUUUGUCCUCUGAAAGCUUUCACACGUAGGGAGUAGAAUGACGUCCCCGAGAGACGAGGACUUCCUGCUCUUAAGCUAAUGUAAUUAUAUACUUUAUUGCAUACAAAUAAGGAUUCAGUGUUCAAAGUGAGGAAUGUGUCGGGUCAGAGGGGGGGGGGGGGUAAAAAAAAUCCAAUUUCUAGUGAAAAUCUCAAAUACUAACCCUGCUUUGUAAUGCAAUCUGUUAGAAAUGGGCCUGAAAAGCCAUGUUUUCACCUGCCUUAUCUGCAACCACUUCACCCGACCGAGACAGAAAGGAUUCAUUGUUAAAUUAUUGCUGAAUAUAUGAAUUAUUGCUUGUAAAUAGAAUUUUAAAAAGGUGCAAAAACACUAUGAAUGAUGGCAUUGGAGCUGAAGUCUUUUGUUUCCUGUUUCCGCGCAAGCAGUUCUGUUCUUGUGUGCGACCAGUAACCUUAAUUUACUGUGUAAAGAUGGUUACAUUUUUUUAGCUUUGUUUGUCAGAGACCGAUAUAUCAAAGGCUUGUUGACUGACUGUAUAACCUUAACCGUGAAUUCCCAAUUUAAGUGUAUUAUACAAACUCAUUUCUUCCUAUUACAAUGUCUUGUACAAUGCUUUUAAAGUUAUUGCUCGGUUUAAAAAAAGAGAAAAAGUAUUAAAAAAAAAACGUUUUAGGGAAAGUACAAUAAUCCAUUCUUUGUUUACUGCAUUUUUGUUUUGAACUUAUAGCUGAUGUGUCAUUGUUUCCCCUCGUGAAAUGGUCACAUUAUGUUCCUGGUGGGGAAAUGUACGCAGCAUUUUCGGCGGAUCACGGCUCCUUGUCUAGCUUAUAAUGUUAAAAUAAUACAUGUUUCUGGCAUGUGCACGACUUUACGCUUAUAGGCUAACCCGAUCAUUUUCCUCCGCUUCAAAUAGAAACGUCUAUUUAUGAAUUUUGCUUGUAGUUUUUCACAAAUAAAAUUGUUAAAGUUA